GAAAACCGGAAAUAGGAAAGUAGAAGCAGGACAUUAAUCGUCGGAGAAGACAAGCUUAUGCAUUUAUGCUUCACAGAGUAAAGCCACGAUUAGAAUUACAAUAAUACUGUGUUAUAAUUUCUGAAGUUGAAUUGUUAUUUGUAAAGGCAUGAAUAAAACUGUAUAACUUACAACAGAGCAAAUGGCAGGAUUCCACCCAAUUAAGACACCCGAAGAUGCAGUUAUUAAACAACAGCAAGGACCAAUGCAGAUUCUAAACCCAAAUAUAGAUAUAGAGGAUGAAGAUGUACUCUAUCACAUCGCCCUUAGUAACAGAUCACACGAUCUUAAAGAUAUGUUUCAAGAUGUUAAGUUUGUUUGUUUUGGUGGCUCUCCUAGUCGAAUGAAGAAAUUUGCAGAGUUUAUGGUGAAUGAAUUAAAGUAUAAACUGGUUGCUGGCCAGUCGUUAUGUAAUAUAGCAGGAGGAUCAGAUAGAUAUGUAUUAUAUAAAGUUGGACCAGUACUCUCAGUUAGUCAUGGUAUGGGUAUACCAUCUUUAUCCAUUAUCUUCCAUGAAAUAGUAAAACUACUAUUUCAUGCCGGUAGUAGUGAUGUCAUGUUUUUUAGAAUUGGUACAAGUGGUGGACUAGGAGUUGAGCCAGGAACUGUUAUAAUCACAGAAGAAGCCGUAGAUGGUAUUUUAAGACCAUAUAUGGAAGUUGCAACACUGGGAAUGAUGUUACAAUACCCAGCAGCUUUAGAUCAGACAGUAUUAAAAGAAUUAGUCGCUAGCUCAAGCCCCGACGACCAUUUUGAAACCAUCAGUGGAAAAACUAUGUGUACAUAUGAUUUCUAUGAAGGUCAAGGUCGACUUGAUGGGGCAUUCUGUGAUUACAAGAAAUCGGAUAAGAUGGCAUUUUUAAAGAGAAUACAUGAAAGAGGAGUGAGGAAUAUUGAAAUGGAAUCUCUUUGUUUUGCAGCCUACUGUCACAGGGCUGGUAUCAAAAGUGCUGUGAUAUGUGUUACACUGUUGGAUCGUUUACAUGGAGAUCAAAUAUCAACUCCUCAUGAUAUUAUGGAGGAAUGGCAGUCAAGACCACAGAUUAUCGUAUCAAGAUACAUCAAAUCAAAACUAGGAAUUAUCUGAAUCCAAUCUCAGGUUUAGCAUCACAGACUAAUUGCCACACAUGAUUGUUGUGUAAAUUUAUUCUUUUCUUUUUUAUUAUGCUUCCUGAAUUACCGUAAAACAAUCUUAAUGUACAUUUCUGUAUAAGAGUGAGAGCUAUAUGCUUUAUCACCUUUUGUAUUUUUUUCUGUCGAAAUAUAUUUAAAAUGUUCUACAAUUAUCUUCCUUUUCAGUUUAGUUUCUUAUUUUAUUUUGUUAUCGGGCUACAGCUAUAUAUGCUUUCUGUACAAUCCAAUAUUGCUGCAAACGGUAUCUAGGUGUAAAGUUGACUAGGAUUUAUAUGAUAAAAUAUAUUUCUAUAUUUAAGUCUAAGAUUUUUCAGCUAUAAUGUAUAGAAUUCAUGCUUGCUACAAUUAAUUUAAUCCAAGUUUCAGUAGCUAUAAAAUAUAUGUAAUGUACUUGUUUGGUGUUCCGGUUUAUUUUUUCUUGCCAGUAUUAUCUUUAUUUUUGUUGUUGUAACUGUUAUUUUAUAUUUUUAUGAUGGUAUAACCAAAAUUCUUUUCAUUUAAAAUGUUAAAAAGUAUACUCAGAAUGAUGUAUUUUAAAAUUCUAUUCAGAUGUUAAUAAGAAUUAUACCAGUUCCAAAUUCAUAUAUUUCCCAAUAUCACAUAUUUGUAAUAAUAAAAUUCACUACUUAUAUGGAAUAUCCUAGUAUAUUGUCUGGAAUGGAAUAUUUAUGUUAUAUAUAUAAUCUUGUUAUUGAUAUUGUUAUUAGAAUUAUAUUGGAAAAUGUUUUUGAUUUUUUUAUACAGCCCACUAUUUUUUCUUGAUACAAUCAUGAUGUUGGAGAUGUGCAAAAGUACAAUUGUAAUUUAACUUUUAUUAUUAUUAUUAUCGGUUAAUUGAAAUAUCUUCAGAAUUUAUCAAAAAUUUAUAUUUUUAUCUAUUUUAUCAAUUAUAAUAUCAUAUAAUUUAUUUAAAACCUGUUGAAAAAUAUUACUGAUUAAUAUGUUAUUAGAUGCACUAAGUUACAACUGUUUUUAAAGAUUUGUAGUUUUAUUAAUUGAAAUAUCUUUAUAAUUAUAAUCAACAAAAUUUGUUCAUUUGAAUUUAUUUGCAUAUUUAAGAUUGCUUGUCUCAAAAAAUAUAAAUUUUGGUUUGAAAACUCAUUUAAUUAAUUUAAAACUUGUCGACAAAUAUUACUUAAUAAUUUGACCAAAAAUUUGAUCAUUCAUUUAAAUAGUUUAAUGUUUAAGAUCCCAUUUUAUGAGAUUUAAUUGACCACAAUGACUUAUGGACCAUUAUAUUACGAUGUGAUGUUCUAGACAAUAAAUUGCUCAUUAAAAUGAUUCAUUGGACCAAAAAUUUUUAAAUAGAUAUUAACGUUUAUUGUUCAAGCUUUAAUAGAUCAUGAUUACUUAUACUGGUUAUCAUUUUUAAAACCUUUUUAUGAUGAAUUAAGAAAUGGAAGAACUAGUUUUUCAUUUAUUUAAUAAUUUACAUACUUAAAUGUUAAUUUGCCAGUUUUAAAUGACCACAAUUACUUAUAGACAAUUGGUACAGUAUGAAAGUUCAUUUACAAAUUAAAAAUGAAAUCAAAAAUGAAAUAAUUAAAAAUUGGUGUCGGGUAAGCAUAACCUGCUUUAUACAUGGUACCUGUUAUUUGAAAAUCAUUGAUAUAUUUGAUGAAAUUAUUUAUAUCUGUCCAUAACUUGAUACUAAGAUUGUAAUUUAACAUGUUAAUUACCACGAUACGUAAAGAUACAUUAUGGGAGGUUCGAUAACGAGUUGGCAGUUCUCAAUAUAAUAGUUUAAAACUAGAUAAUGUAAAGGCAAUUUGCUGAAAAUUUUAUUCAAAUUGAUCCACUAUGAACUGAGAACUAAGUGAUUGAAAUUUCCGCCUAGCCUCGAUCAUCGGUACUAAAGUCAGUACGAUAAACAGCAUAGUCUCUAUUAUCCAUUUAAUCGUUAAAUCAUGAAGGAAAGUUAUGCAGUAAAUCAGCUCAUAAUCCACUAAAGAUCGCAGGCUAGCGAUGCCAUCUAGAUUUAAUUAUGGUCUGGAUAGGUUAAUUAAUUUAGAUAACAUUUCAGGCCUAAAGAAGAACCUGCAAUAGACUUAUUUAGCUCUUGCAUAAUGUAUGUUGCAUAGGUAAAGUUGAGAGUUUGACCCUUAUGAUUUGUUAAUUUGUACACCUAAUUUAUUUUUAUUUUAAACUAAACCCUCCUUUUAUCUUGCCAUAUCAAAAAAUCAUGACAUAUUGUCAACCAUUAGCCAUAGCAAUAAAAUAACCCUAAACAAUUAUUGGUAACAUGAACAGUCAUGGAUCUCUACCCAAACAGUAUCAGAUUUGCACACACAUGAUGUCAUUGAAAUUACUGAAAAUUUAAAAAAGAUUUAAAUCUGUAUAUUCAUCAGAUUAUGAUCAUCGUGAACUUGUAUGAAAGUGGGUAUGAUCAUCAUAUAUCUUGGGUCUUAAUGAUCUCAGGUGGUGUCUAUUGCACAAUAACAACCCUCUAGAUUCAAACAGGAAGUGUUUAUCUCUGGAAUAAUUAAAUUUGAAUUGUUUAUAGAGUCUUUUCUUUAAUUUUUUUGUAAUUGACCAGUGAACCACUGUAUAGUGUAAAAAAUAUUCCAUUUUGUUUUUAUACGACUGCAUUGAAAUGCGGUCGAUUAUUGUCUUCACCUGCACUCUCUGUCCUGUUAUUCACAAUAGCUUGUCGACUCACGAUCAAGAGGCUAAUUUUAGAAUUAAAUUGAACUAACAUUUAUACAUGUUGUGCAUGUUCAUGAGACAAAUAUAUUUAUUGAUUUUCUAUGGUUUUGGCUCUUGAGCACUUAGAAAAAUCUUGUAGAUGCCCUAGACAAUGGGUGUGCUAGAUUUGUGAAUGCGAUAUAUGCUAAAGUUAUUAUCUGAUUGACUUUGAAUUUAUAUACAGUAUUUAUGUUCUUAAUUGACAUGCAGAAAUCAAUUGAUUACUGGUAUGUGUUUUGCAUGAUAAAUGUCAGUAUUAGGAGGAGCGAGAAGUCGAUCAAAUUUUAGUUAUUCCACCCAACUGCUAGGAAUUGUUACCCUUGUACCAUAAAGUCUUUCGUUACCUACAAAAUAUUAAAAAUGUGACAACCUUUGUGGACUGCUCAGUUGACUUAUCUGCUGUGAACAUAUGUUUUGUUACCUGGCAACCUAUUUUUCAACCUCUUGUAAUUGUAGCAAUCGAAAAUUAAAUAAAUGACCACACUUCAAUGAAUGAAUGAAAUGGAGUUUAACAUCCUACCGUCCUGCACCAUAUGACUUAUUAUUUGGAUAAAGGUUGAUUUCAUAAAACAGCCAUCCUGAAGUUAUUGAAAAAGAUCAGUAGCAAUAUAUUCCAUUAUAUAUUCUGCAGGCUAAGUGGGUAAGACUUUGGCUCGCUAGACUGGAGGUCGAGUGAUCGAUUCCUGCAUUGGCUGAGAGAGUUCAUCAGGAUUUUCUGACGUGGUUUCCCCUUGUCAGUGGUGCAGGACAGAGUGCCUGGCAAGGACAGCUGUCUAGUCAAUCGGAUGAUACAAAAAACCAAGGUUCCGUGUAUACAUUGGCAUGCACGUAAAAGAUCCCUUGGCAGUUGGAAUUCAGUAUAAGAGUAGGCCAUAUAGUGCCGCUUCCCAGGCAAAUUUUUCCUCAUAGCACACUGUAUGGCAUAUACCCGUCUUCAUUAGCCCAGUCAGAGCAGAACAGUAGGACAUUAAACCCCAUUUCAUUUCAUUUCUAUUAUAGAUUUCAUGUUAAUGUCAAGGCCCAAUGCGAUUUGUUAAAUAUUUGUUUUAUCAUAAUUAUCUAAAAUAUACUAUUCAAAAAAAGUAGGGGAUAUUUGAUUUUUAAGUGUUAUUAAAGUCACCUAAUGAAACUGACGAAGAAACAAAUGACAAAAUGAAAUGAAGUUCACAUUCAUCGAUUUAUUCCAAAUGAUCGUUAGACUAAGUAAGGCACAGACUGACCAUUAUAAGGGUAAAAUGAUACCCGGGGUCAAACAGCAAAGUUACCACAGCAUCACAACCAAGUCAGUAACGGGUAAAUCCUCCUCUGUUUGCCAAACAAGCAUUGAUCCGACGUGGCAUACUCCUAAUGAGACGUCUAAGGUCAUUUUGGUCCAGAUUGUCCCAUUCCUGUUGCAACGCAGCAGCAAGUUCUUGGACAUUGGCAGGACGUUGUUGACGUAACCUCUGUCCAAGCAUGUCCCAGACAUGCUCGAUGGGGGAGAGGUCGGGACUCAGUGCUGGCCAAGGUAAUGUGGUGAUGUUCUGUUGUUGGAGGUAACCUGUAACGAUCCUGGCCCUGUGACAUCUUGCGUUGUCAUCCUGGAAGAUGAAACGGCGGCCAUGACGUCGUGCGAACGGCACAACAUGGACUGCCAAGAUGUUGUCCCGGUAGUACUGGCCUGUAACACGCCCUGCAACAACAUGUAAAGCCGUUCUUCCAGCAACAGUGAUGCCUCCCCACACCAUAACAGAACCACCCCCAAAUCGAUCAUGUCUGAUGACGUUAACGUCUUGGAAGCGCUCGUUUCGACGACGCCACACCCUCCUACGUCUGUCCAAAAAAUCAACAGUGAACCUUGACUCAUCUGAAAACAUCACAAUGCUCCAGCGUCGAUUAUCCCAGUGUUGACGAUCCCUACACCAACGACGUCUUGCCUGAAUGUGAUGAUCUCUCAAACAAGGGAUCACGCGAGGACGUCGGGCGCGAAGGUGACCCCUAUGCAGUCGAUUCCGAAUCGUCUGGCCACUCACUCUCACACCAGUGUCUGUUUGAAGACGAGCGCUGAUCUGAUUUGCUGUGAUGACACGAUUUCUCAAGGCCAAGGUACGGAUAAAUCGAUCCUGGGCUUGAGUUGUCGCCCUUGGUCGACCUGAGCGUGGUCUGUCCUGUACAGAUUGUGUAUCACGGUAUCUGGACCAUUGCCUGCUUAUGACAGACUGAGAAACAUUUAUCGUCCGCGCCACAACCGCCUGUGUUGUGCCGAUCUGUAGCAUGCCAAGGGCACGUUACCUUUCAUUUUGGGUAAGCCGACGCAUAUCAAAAUUUGUUUUCUGGUCACUAAAACAAUUAAACUGAUGUUUCCACCCUGGAAUUCAAUGCCACAAUGACUGUAACAUUCAAAGUCAGAGUCGUGCAAAUCUUGGGUUGGACCCCCAUGAUGAUCCCAAGCAUCACCUGCAUUCCAUGCGGUAGCUAUUGGUGCGUUUGGGCGUCACAUGUAACUGGAAAUGUUUCUUCUGUUAGGUUCUAUAGUGACUUUUUUCGUAGUCAUUUGCAUAUUUUAGUAUUAUGCUCCCAAAAUCAAAUAUCCCCUACUUUUUUGAAUAGUAUAUAUUGAAUUGUAAUUUUUUAAAUUAUUUAUGUCUGUGAUAUUUAUCUACACUUACAUAUUAUUAAACUAUGUCUAAUUUAAAAUAUUAAUAUAUUUCAAUUGACAAAUAUUGUUAUGUAUAUUUUAUGGCCGUAAACUAUAUGUAUGAUAUAUAAAAGUACAUGGUUUGAAGCGAUUAAAACAUAAAAUAUAUUUCUAAUUGUUAGUUAUUGAAUAAAUGUAUGUGAACUAAAUAGGCUAUAAUAACAUGCUUCUACAGUGUAUAAAAGUACAUUUCACAAAAUGUUCUUAAAGGGGAUCUUUGAUUUAUGUCAAAAUAGGGUUGUUCUAAUAUGUUAAUUUGAUUAGUGAUCAGCUUCCAGAGAUCGUUAAGUGUAAUUGUAAUUUUUUACAAAUGUAAUUGUAAUUUUUUACAAAUUUUUAAAGUUUAAGUUUAGGCUUACUUCAUGGUCAACAUAUAAAAACAAAUCAAAUCAAUAUAUUUAUCCAUGCACUUUAUUUCAACAAGUUUUAUAAGGUUUCGUUAAAGCAAGCCAGUCUAGCCCGGAUUUCACAAAGCAUUCUCAGACUUUAAGUUAAGAAUUUACUUAAAAUUGUUCGCCUUAUUUUAACUGAAAUAUAGCCCUUUAUAAAACUUUUGUUGUUUUAUUAUAUCAGAUACAUCAAUAAGAAACUAUGUGCAAAGUUUUGUGUUUCUAGAUCAAAGAUAUUUCUCAUUAAAAGUGAUUGAAAGUUGUGUAAAUUCUUAACUUUAGUCUGAGAAUGCUUUGUGAACUCGGCCAGAUAUUACCAUGGUCCUUAAUUAGGCCUGAUACAUGUAUUAUAAGGUCCAUGAUAUUACACAUUUUAAAAAUACUGGUAAUCAAGGAUAUUUUUAAAAGUUUAAGCCUGCUCUACAAUUAAUCAAAGAAAGAAUAUGUUUAAAAUUAUAGAAAUAAAUAUUUGUCAAUAUGAA